AUGGCAGUCCAGAGACGCUUCUCUGUCAUCGAAACAAGACGAUCACGAGCGCUACUGGGCGUCUCCGUGGGUCUGCUUGGCUUUGUCCUGCUGUUGUCGAGUCAUCAAGGCCAUCACGAACACGAUGAAUUGCAAGAAGCGACAGAUAGCACCGCUAGCCCGUCUCAAGCCUGGCAUGAGGUGAUCAAGUCCACAUGGCGCAAAGAAUGGAUCAACCUCGAGUCGUACUACUCGUAUACGACCGGACGUGACGUCGCGCCUGCAAGCUCCUACGACCCUAGAUUAGCGACCGGCGAACGACCGUGCGAUCCUUUUGCACAAGAAGGCUAUCUUGAUUACAGACUAGACGCAAACGAGAAUGUGUCCUGGGUACCGCAUGAUGAACGCUGCUUGCCGUCACUGGAUUGGCCGAGAUUGCUGGCAGUGGGUGACCCGUGGAUCGAUCCUGGUCUGGACCAAGAGCGGAAAGACAAGCUUGCUACACCCACACCAGAUACACUAGAAGCUCGCGCAAGCUUAGAAUGGCUUAGAGGUAGAACCAUCUUCAUCCAAGGCGACAGCGUGGACCGCAACGCACUAGAAUCCUUUGCCUUCCUGACGAGGAGGCCGUUUCAGCAAAUGUCAUACUUUACACGCGCACCAGCAAACCUAGACCCAGCCAUGUCGAAUAUCACCGCCAAGAGCACGCGGGGUAUACCCCGCAUGCUCGAAUUCCAAGCGCUCGAUUUUCGUAUUUUGUUCAACUUCUUCUAUGGGCUCGAUGAUCAGGGUAGACAUAGCAAUGCAGGCGACUUCCACCCACCAUCUCUCUACGAAGACCGCGUCGAUGAACUCAUGAAGCCUUUCAUCGAUAUCUAUACCAAUGGAAAAGGUCCGGACAUGAUCAGAUUCCACUCAGGCAUGUGGGACCUUGUGGCCGUGCCCAGCCUGCCAUUUGGAGACACAGCACACAAGGAUGCAAGGUUCGACGAGCAACAUAGACCACUGCAUCCAGACCAGAUCGACUGGUAUACCCGACGCUACAUGUCAGCCUUGCGCAAGCUUAGAGACACUUGGCCGACCAUACCCAUUCGGACACGAUUGCUUCAUCGGAUUGGCGGCGAAAAGAUGCGCAGCCUCGACAAAUCUGAUCUGAGGGUACAAAACAUGAACCAGAUCGCGAGGUAUGCGGCAAAGGAGAUGGAGAUGCCAUACCUCGACCUCGAGGAUAUCCUCACAGGCUAUCACACGGGUGAGAUGCACCCUGGCCUCUACCCCGCCAAUGCUCUCAUCGCACAGAGCACAAUCCAGAGCGCAUUUGUAGACUUUACUGGUUUCGGAGUGCCUAGCAAGGCAUUGCUGGCCUUUGGACUUGCCCAGUAUGUGAGCGCACACAGCGCGCAGGCUGGCGAGGCGCAUCUGAGCCGAUCACAGCUCUCUCCGAGCUCAGAGUCUCCCGCGCCUUCAUCCUCGCCUACACGCUCUCGUACAGGACUAGCGCCGCCAUCUACAGCAGUCAAAUUAGCACAUCAUGCACUCAGCAUGCGCGAUCAGCUCGCUUCUGCCGUUGAUUGGGUCAGAGCAGCUAUCGAACAGAGACCGUCUUUCUUGCUUGAACCCAGCUUGCCUCCUCCCGCUGGCAUCCCGACUACACAGAAGGGCAAAGAGAGAGCGACCGACGAGAACAAGAGACCAGUGUACGAGUACAUUGUGCCCUAUCUCGUCCAAAUCGUCCUCGCGUUACCAGAGAGCGAAUUCGAGCACUCUGAGCAUUUCGUCGAGCCUGUCCUACCUCGUACGACCACGAAGCCUCGAAAGCGGAUGAGCAUGUCACCGAGGAAGCCUGGUCUGCGAUCGCCGCGGAGCUCACGAUCGCCGCGCUCGCCAAACAAGGACGAACUCGCAACGCCAGAGUCAUCCAUCGUACGCUCGGCAGAGAACGCUUUGUCGACUCUGCUGAUCAAGCUGCACACUGGCGAGAUCUUGCGGUCGAAAAGUUAUACGGCCAAGCCAGAUGUUGCUCACAAUCUCCAAAGACUAGCGGUGGCCAUGCUCCAUCAUCUCGUUCGGCCAGAUCCGCUAGAGUCAGCCAGCACGUCCGCGGCUACUGCGCUGCCACAGACACAUCAGUUUUGGUCGAGUCAUAUAGCUGACGAAGACGACGAAGUAGCACGGCUGCUGAUCAAAACGCCUGAAGCUGCUCUGCGCGUAUUUACGUUAGUCUAUCGAUCGCUGCACCGUUUAGCUCGUCAACAGCGCACAGCCAUGCAGAUUCCACGCACGCAGACAACGCUAUCUAUUUCUGCGAGGACAGCGGACCAAUACCUGGACAAUGCGCUCUCUCGCCUCGUUGCUGAUGCAGAGCAUGCUGCUCUUGCGAAUGGCAAUGCGAUACCUUUCGAUGCUCUCUUGCCCGUCUACCUCGCUCGCUUGCGGCUUGAGCCUAUCAUUCGGACAUCCGUUGCGCACAAGGGCAGAUGCCUGACUGCUGCGACAGAGUUAGCUCUCGUCAUGCUUGACCAUUGUUUGAACAGCCAGGCAUUGGAGCCUCAUCCUACUCAGGUCUUACUAGACGUCGUCAUCAUGCUCUGUCAGAUCGUGUCUAGCGAGGCUCCCAACGCCAUGACUGCCGAUAGAUUGGCGACGCAACAAGUCAUUGCGGAAUAUGUCAGCACGAAUGCCACACAGCUCUUUGCAUUCUGGCCCGACGUCGAGUUCGACGAAAAGACGCUUAACAUCUUGAGUGUGCAGAUCUUAUUGUUUGCAUGGCCAAUACAAGCCAAAGUGCUUGCUUUUGCUCUGCUCAGUUCAGACCAGUUGCAAGCCUUGCAGACGCUGCUCAUGCAGCUACCGAGCUCAAUAAUCACGAUCAAACAGCACAAGAUGGUCGGAGAGGCCUAUAGACGUAUCGCUACCGUCAAUGUCGAUCGAAAGCGCAAGCGGGAUAUAGACGUUAAUGAGGAUUUGACCGAGGCAGGCGCAGGACCAGCGCUAGCAGAGAUGCUGAAAGAUCUUAACGCGGCCAAAGAGAAUUCAGUCCGCAUAGAUUGGCCCCGCUGGCGACAGGCCCUUUGCCGGCUGAGCCGCCCAGAAGACGUCUGUCUUGCCUGCACCAAGGGCGAGUCAAGAGUGCCGCAUGAAUCCGACCGUGAUGCUGGCGUAUGGGCACUGGCAGUGAAAGCCUUCGAGGAGGCUUACGAGUGCGCAACGACUUCGUCGCAACGCGUCAAUGUACUACGCUUGCUCCGGCACUUUCUGACACAUGCCCCACCGACUGUUGCUGCUUGCGAUCUCAAGCGAAGUGGUCUGGGCAGACUGCUGAUCGCCAACGCUGCCUCUGAAGAUGCCCGCAUUGCGCUCGCCGUGCUUCCCUGCCUGUGUUCGGUGGCAAAAGCGCACGCUUUGGCCGAUCCUUCUUCGCUCUCGCCAUUGAUCGCUCGUAUCCACCAGAUCCUGUCGCAACCUCAGGCGCAAAGUCAGAUGGCCGGUAUCGUCCUCAUUAGAACGAUAGCGGUUCAUCUCAAGGAUGAUCCGCUGCAUCGUUUACUGCUACUGGCUCUCAGCAAGAUAGCGAGCCCGAAUGUCAUGGUCGAAGCCUUUGCUAUCGACGCUGUCACAUCCAUUGCAGCAGCCCACGACGUGACGCUGUACAAAUUGUUGCAGCCCAUAAUCAAAGAAGCAUGUCAAACCUUCAUGCAAUCAGCUCAGCAGAUGCCUGAACGAAUCACGACGCUUGCAGAUCUGCUGUCUAUCUCGCGGGCUAAUUUCCUGAAGCUCACUGCUAAAGCGACGUUGCCCGUCUUGGUGCUGCGUGGUCAUCAGCAGACCGCGUUGUCCGUUGCAGCAGCAUGUGGUCAAGACCUUAGCACGUGCUGCAUUGCUUACCUGGCGGCCAUACUUGGCUAUCUAUAUUUACAGCCGCCUAGUGAAGCCCGCAAAGCUCAGAGCACGCUCGUCAAUUGGAUCAAUUCAGGUCAACAAACGAUCAGCGUCGAUAGACUGAUACACGAAGUGACCGAUCUGCACGCGGUACUAUCCGAGCUGCUCGUCGAGCUCGGUCACGAAGACUCAAGCAGGCGAGCGGCCGCGCGUAAUGCACUGCUGCGCAUCGACCGGGCCUUGCAUCAUAGCUCUCGCUCGUACGAGCCAUCACUUGCUGCUCUCUUGACGCCUCAUAUGCUCGCCAUAUUGACGCUGGUCAAUAGCACAUUGCAGGACAAGAGCACCUCGUUGCACCGGCGUAGGAUGAUCACAGGACUGGGCAUCGCUUGCGCAGAAUUAGGAGCAAGCAUGGCGACGAUAACGCCUCAGAUCAUGGCGACGCUACACAGCUGUCUGCGACUACCCUACAUGGCCAAUGUGACCCUCUCGACGUGGCUGCAAUUCUCUCGGAACCUCGAGAUGAGCGAGAUUGCGCCUUUCGUCGGGCCUAUGGCCGCUGCCUUUGUUCGUCUUUGGCCAGAUCUUGACGCCGCAUCUCGUCAAACCAUCCGAAGCAUAUUUGAGCACAUCAUCGGGCUACAGGAGCAUGAACGUGUCGCACUGGAAGGCUUGCCGGACCUGUCAGCACUGCCCGAACUUUCAGAUGUUGUUGCCCGGCUAGACUCAGACCGCGACGACCGGGAUCUCGAUGUGCGGCUGAGGAACCUACUACCGCGCGUCACCAGCGAGAACGACUCGGUGUCACUGAUUGCUGCCCGAGAGCUACGCAUGCUGCUCGUUGAAUCGCAUCAGAGUCUCGUCAGUAUGACUACAGGCAGCUCCUUUGCCACUCAAUUGGGCAACGUCAUGCACGCGCUUCUUACGGCGGCAACUCGCGCAAGCGAAGACAGGCUCGAGACGCGCAAUCUCGUCUAUGACUGCAUUGGGAUCAUCGGCGCAAUUGAUCCUGAUCGCUUCGAGAUGCCUUCGCAAGAGCGUAGCUUUGCCUUGCUCGAUAAUUUUGCAGAUACAGACGAGUCUGCCGAGUUUGCUAUCUACCUCAUCGAGAAGGUCUUGGUCAGCGCCUUCAAGUCUACGAAUGAUACAAGACAUCAGCAAGCUCUCGCUUUUGCUUUGCAAGAGCUCCUUCGUUUCUGCGGCUUCACCGUCGGCUUGCUCGAUGCAGCAUCUGAAGCGGCUAGACAGAUCACGAGCAAGACGCGCAGCAGAUGGGCGGCACUGUCCAAGCCAAUCGUUGAGAUUGUCGGACCUAUGCUGGGCUCACGCUUUACUGUCCAGCUGCGUGCCUCUCCGCUCGCAACGUAUCCGAUCUAUGCAGCUGAGAGCACUUUUCGCGACUGGCUUGCCGCUUGGACACUCAAUCUGAUCGAGCGUGCACCGGGUACAACUGCGAAACGCGUCUUCUCGCCUUUCAGCGUGACCGUCAGAGAUCAGGAUAUUGCUGUGAUAUCACAGCUGCUGCCAUACGUCCUUCUCCACGCUCUUAUCUCUGGCACCGACCGACUCCGCGAAGACGUACGCAUCGAGGUCGAAGCCAUCCUGGAAGACCAAGUCACGCCUUCAUUGCGGCUUUCGCCCGAAUCGCGCGCUCUUUGUGCGCAGGCGAUAUUCUCGCAGAUGGAUCAUCUCAGCGAUUGGCUCCGUCGCAAGCGCGAGACGGUACAGAAACUCAAGCGAGCCGUUCGCAAAACGAAGCGAGACGCCGAUGCAGAUGCGCUCAAGCGCGGCGAAGAGGCUCUACACAAAGUAGAGGGCUUCUUGGGGCAGAUCCCGCAAGAGCUCACCGCCAGAGCUGCAUUUCAAUGCAAAUCCUACGCCAGAUCUCUGCUCAACUUUGAGAAAUGUAUUGUGCAAAUGGGGGAGCAGAAGAAGAGUCCGGCAGAGAUUCAGCCUUACUAUGAGCGGCUGCACCAAAUUUAUGCCGAUCUCGACGAGCCAGAUGGCAUGGAGGGCAUUUCUACCAAGAUCUUGUCGCCUUCUGUAUCGCAUCAGAUACGCGAGCAUGAAAGUACUGGCCGCUGGACGGCAGCGCAAUCUUGCUGGGAAGUUGAGCUUCAGAUUCAUCCGAAUCAGCUCGACUCGCAUCUAGGCUUGCUAAAAUGCUUGCGUAAUCUCGGGCACUAUGAUUCUAUGCGAACCCAUAUCGUUGGCGUGCUGCAUGCCGAGCCACAGUGGAAAGAAGCUUUGGCGCCUUAUGAAAUCGAAGCAGCGCGCAUCUUGGCGGAUUGGAAGCACCUGGAAACAGUACUCAAGCAGACCCACAAGCUCGACGAUGCCAGUGGCGCGACAGAGGUGCACGACGGACUCGAAAUUUCCAGCGAAACGCCCGAGGUCGUCUUCGCCCGAGUCAUACAUUCGCUACGCACAGACAGCUCUGCAAAUAUCGAGCGUACAGUCUCUCGCGCUCGAGCAAGCUUGGGCGCACCAAUUGCGGCUUCUGGGGCAGUCUCUUACCGGCGAGCGUACGAUUCGAUCGUCCACCUGCACAUCUUGACGGAGAUCCAAAGCAUCUACGAGGCUUUCCAGUUGGGCGACGCUGAAGGUAUGGCCGAGUUACAGCCUCUACUCGAGCAGCGUUUAGAGUCUGCGGCGACAUCCUUCCGCUUCAGAGAGUCGAUCCUGAACAUGCGCCGUUCCGCGCUCAAGCUCCAGCUUGAUGAGCAUACUACGCCAAUUUUGGGAGAGCUGUGGCUCGCAACAUCGAAGAAUGCUCGCCUUGCGGGACACACCCAGACAGCUUACAGUGCCGUGCUACAAGCAGGGCAGAUCGGCGCGCCCAUGACGUUCCUACAAGGCGCAAAGCUUCUCAGAUGGAACGACCAGACUCAGCGGGCUAUACAAGAGCUCGAUCGUCAUCUUGGACCUCUGAUCGCUCAACAAAUGCCCAACGGCACAGUCGCUGCUCUACAGCCAGCUUCGGGCAACGGCUGUAGCAGCCUCAUGCUAGCCAAGGCUGCUUUGCGUCGCGCGCGUUGGAUGCACGAAGCCGAGCGGUUUGAGCAUAACGAGGUUGUCGAGCGCUACUUCGAGGCAAUCAGACUUCAGACAGACUGGGAGAGUCCUUAUUAUCAUCUCGGUCACUACUACGACGAAUACGUCGAAACGACGCCCGCAGAUCGCAAUGGCAAGAAGGCCGAAACGCUCAAGAAUCAUCUCGCUACACUCAAGAACUUCAGCCAGGCGCUCUUGCACGGCUCGAAGUAUAUCUACCAGGCGAUGCCUCGAAUGCUCACACUUUGGCUCGACGUUGGCGAUGACAAGCUGUUGCUCCUCAAGCGUCGGCCUGGUGAAAAGGUUACCCAAGAGGUGUCGGAAGUACACAGCUGCUUUCUCAAGAUGAACCGUCAUAUCGAGAAAGCCAUUGCCAAGCUGCCGGCUUACUUCUGGUUCACUGUCUUUCCUCAGGUCGUCUCCCGCAUCCUACACGUAAACGAAACGUUAUACCAGAAUCUGGAACGUAUCAUGGUCACCGUGUUGAAGGCUUACCCUCAUCAAGCGCUAUGGACGAUGAUCUCGGCAGCCAAGUCAACGUCACUGAAGCGAGCGGCACGGUGUGUCGCUGUCUUUGAGCGAGUCAAGUCAUCUACUGCGCAAAGCUCAAGGUCGCAAGCGACGGCGCGCCUGAUUGACGAAGCCGACCGGCUGGUUGAUCAAAUGCUUAUGCUCUGCAACCAUCCUGUCAAGACGACGGACACGAUAAGCAUGACCAAGACUUUCCCAGGCUUAUACCGAUGCCUGCCGUCGAAUGUCAUGAUUCCAUUGCAGGAGCUGAUGACUGUCACUCUGCCAGCCAACGUCUCCGAGCGAAUCUCACAUCGGCCAUUUCCUGCUCAUCUGGUCACAAUGCGCAAGUUUCUGGACGAGGUCGAGAUCAUGGCCUCGCUACAGAAGCCGCGCAAGAUUGCUAUACAAGGCGAUGACGGCAGAGUCUACAGCUUUCUGUGCAAGCCAAAGGAUGAUCUUCGCAAAGACGCCCGGUUGAUGGACUUUAACUCGAUGAUCAAUAAGCUACUCAAGAAGGACAGCGAGGCGCGCAAGCGAAGACUGUACAUCAGGACGUAUGCAGUCGUACCCAUCAAUGAGGAGUGCGGCCUGAUCGAAUGGGUGCCUCACACUGUCGGAUUGCGUGGAAUCCUCACAAAACUCUACGAGGCGCGCGGUAUAUUAUGCUGGAGCCCACAGCUCAAAUCAGUCUUUGACACGAUCAGAGACGACCCUUCACGUUCUGCCACACGGUUGCGCGACGAAGUCUUGAGCCAGUUCCCGCCUGUCUUCCACGACUGGUUUCUGGGCACCUUUCCAGAACCAACGAGCUGGCUACAGGCUCGAAUGGCGUACAGCAGGACCGCGGCAGUCAUGUCGAUGGUAGGCUUCGUGCUCGGUCUUGGCGAUCGACACGGCGAAAACAUCUUGUUCGAUAGUCAUACUGGCGACACCGUGCACGUCGACUUCAACUGUCUCUUCGACAAGGGCAGAACAUUUGAAGUCGGCGAGCGCGUGCCUUUCCGACUGACUCACAACAUCGUCGAUGGUCUCGGCGUCACUGGCAUAGAAGGCGCCUUUCGACGAGCAUCGGAAGUGACGAUGCGGGUCCUGCGCACGAACAAAGACUCGCUCAUGAGCGUUCUCGAAGCAUUCAUUCACGAUCCCCUUGUCGAGUGGACGAGCUCACACAAAGCUCGCAAGGCUGGCAACGCAGAAGAGACAGAAGAUCCACGAAUGAAGCUUGCUCGCAAGUCGCUCGAGCCUAUCGCGCGCAAGCUCAAGGGUCUCCAGCUGACGAGCGCGCCGAGCAACAACGAGCGAGUCGCCACGCCUGAGAACCAAGUCGAAUCGCUCAUCCGGGAAGCUACGAGUCUGAGGAACCUUAGUCAGAUGUACGUAGGUUGGGCAUGCUUCUUCUAG